AUGCUUCUACUUCUUAAUUUCUCCAGGUCUUCGGUUCCAGAAAAAGUAGAGUGUAAUUCUAAUGAGCUUGCUUGGCAAGCGGAGUACUUACGAGACGAUACAUACAAACAUCUGGUUGCCCUGGUGGCUAUCGAUAUUAUAGCAGCUCUGCUUACGAUUCUUCUAAAUGCACUUGUUAUUUUCACCGUGGCAACGAGGCACCGACUGCGAAACAACUCCACCAUACUUCUUGCUUGUCUAGCUGGGACGGAUUUGCUUACAGGGCUAGUAGCUCUACCGGCCGCUUUAUCGCUAGACUUAAAGCGACUUUACGGAUUUGGGCCAUUCUGUUCCCCAGAAAAGGCAUUGAUUGUGCUAACUACGACGGCGACGUUUGCUUCGCUCAGUCAUCUGGUCGUGAUCAGCAUAGACCGUUAUAUAGCUAUCAGAUACCCCUUGAGAUACCAGGAUAUUGUCACAGAAACAAGAAUAAUAAUUAGCAUUGUUCUCGCCUGGGCUAUCACCUUGAUGGUAACAAUCAAUGCACUUGUUCUGGCUCUAGUAGACAGUGAAAGCAUCUACACUGAUCAUUGGCGCGCGAACAUUAUAACACAAAUUGCCAUCGGAACCCUUUUUUUCAUUGCUAUUUCAUUAUCUUACGGCUACAUUUACUCAGAGACACGGCGACAAGUUAAACGCCUCAAAGCCGAACAACUGCCUCAAGAAGAAAUCCAAAGAAUCAAGAAAGACAGAAGGGCAGCUACUACUCUGGCAAUCAUUCUGAUUGCUUUGAUAAUCGCUUAUUUGCCAGCAACAAUAGUGGGGGUGCUGACUACUCUUCCACGUAGCAUUUCGGUGCCGCCGCGUUUCAGAGUCAUCAUUUGGAGAUGGGUAGAAAGUUGCAUCAUGUUAGGCUCCCUGUUUAACCCUGUUAUUUACUGUUGGCGUAUGAAGAAACUACGAAGCGCAUUUCUCGAGAUACUACAUUUAACAAAACCUGAAAACACCCUGCCAGAAAGAGAAAUUAGAGGAACUGAGAGCAACCAACCUGGACCCAGCUCAAACCAGGCUUUCUCGUUGCCCGAAAACGGGCAACCAGUUUUGUUGUCAUUUCGUCCGCUGCAAGCAGAAUAA